CGCCUUGCGCGCGCCAUGCUGCAGGGGCUGGGGCUCGUGGCCACGCUCGGGGAGGGGGAUGCGGCGCCAGAGGAGCCCGAGUCCGGGGACUCGGCGGAUGAGGAGGAGCCGCUGGGCCGGGGGCAGCAGAGACGCCGCGGCGGGGACUUCAGUGCUGGCUUCGUCUUCUCGGAGAAGGAGGCUCCGGGCGCGGCGAGCGGGGCCUGGGCGGAGGCGCUGCGCCAGCUCAGGGGCAAGAGAGCAGCAGCAACAACACUGGAUGAGAAGAUUGAAAAAGUGAGAAAAAAAAGUAAAACCCAGGAAAGGGAAGUGAAACAUGUUAAGAUGAAGGGGGAAGACACAAAGAUGGAGAAGGAUGAAACCAAAGAGAAGGAAAGCGAGGAAGGCAGUGAAGAGGAGGAAGAGGAUGUAGAGUCCCAAUAUUCCUCAACUGAUGAGAGUAUCCUCACCAAAGCAGAUACCCUCAAGGUGAAGGAGCGAAAGAGACAGAAGAAUGUAGGAGAGAUGGAAACAAAGAUAUUUUUCGAAGAUGCGUCUCAGUACGAUGAUAACUUGUCAUUCCAGGACAUGAACCUCUCACGCCCUUUACUAAAGGCAAUCACAGCCCUGGGCUUCAAGCAGCCAACCCCAAUCCAGAAGGCCUGUAUCCCCAUGGGUCUGCUGGGGAAGGAUAUUUGUGCUUGUGCUGCCACUGGGACAGGUAAAACCGCUGCAUUCACCCUACCUGUACUAGAGCGCUUGAUCUACAAACCUCGCCAGGCUCCAGUGACUCGGGUGCUGGUUCUGGUUCCAACACGAGAGUUAGGCAUUCAAGUGCACUCUGUCACCAAGCAGCUGGCCCAGUUCAGCAGCAUCACAACCUGUCUAGCUGUGGGGGGCUUGGAUGUGAAGACUCAGGAGGCAGCUUUGCGCUCUGGGCCAGACAUUCUGAUUGCCACCCCUGGGCGCCUGAUAGAUCAUCUCCAUAACUGCCCCUCCUUCCACCUGAGCAGUAUCGAAGUGCUGAUCUUGGAUGAGGCAGACAGGAUGUUGGAUGAGUAUUUUGAGGAACAGAUGAAGGAGAUCAUUCGGCUGUGCUCCCACCACCGUCAGACCAUGCUGUUCUCUGCCACCAUGACAGAUGAGGUGAAGGAUUUGGCUGCUGUUUCCCUGAAAAAUCCUGUCCGGAUUUUUGUGAAUAGCAACACGGAUGUAGCCCCUUUCCUGCGGCAGGAAUUCAUCCGGGUCCGUCCCAACAGAGAAGGGGACAGAGAAGCUAUUGUGUCAGCUCUGCUGACACGGACCUUCACAGACCACGUGAUGCUUUUCACACAGACCAAGAAGCAGGCUCACCGCAUGCACAUUCUGCUGGGGCUGAUGGGUCUGCAGGUAGGGGAGCUACAUGGGAACCUCUCUCAGACACAACGGUUGGAGGCCCUCAGGCGCUUUAAAGAUGAGCAGAUCGAUGUCCUGGUAGCUACAGAUGUUGCGGCCCGAGGACUUGACAUCGAGGGUGUCAAAACAGUGAUCAACUUCACCAUGCCCAACACCACCAAGCACUAUGUGCACCGGGUGGGGCGGACAGCGCGGGCUGGUCGGGCUGGCCGCUCAGUCUCACUGGUGGGUGAGGAGGAGCGCAAGAUGCUGAAGGAGAUUGUGAAGACAGCCAAGAUACCAGUGAAGGCCAGAAUCCUCCCUCAGGAUGUGAUCCUGAAAUUCCGGGAGAAGAUUGAGAAGCUGGAGAAAGAUGUGUAUGCAGUGCUGCGUCUAGAGCGUGAGGAGCGUGAGAUGCAGCAAUCAGAGGCCCAGAUCAACAUGGCAAAGAAGCGACUGGAGGCAGGAGAACAGAAGGUGGAAGAGGGGCCUGAGCGGAGCUGGUUCCAGAGCCGAGAAGAGAGAAAGAAAGAGAAAUUGGCUAAAGCCCUUCAGGAAUUUGACUUGGCGUUGAGAGGAAAGAAGAAGAGGAAGAAGUUUAUGCAGGAUACUCAGAAAAAAGGCCAAAUGACACCAGAGGAGAGAUCACAAUUUGAAAUCCUGAAGUCGCAGAUGUAUGCAGAGCGUGUAGCAAAGAGGAACCGCCGAGCAAAGCGAGCUCGAGUUGUGCCCGAGGAUGAGCCUCCCUCAGCAGCAGCAGGCCUCAAAUGGAAGAAACAAUCAUCUGUCUUUGACGAGGAACUCACCAACACAAGCAGGAAGGCCCUAAAACAGUAUCGUGCUGGCCCCUCCUUUGAAGACUGGAAGCGUUUGGGCUUAGCCCGACACCGGAAAGGAGGAAACUUCAAAUCCAAGUCCAGGUUUAAGAGGAAGUAACAGCAGCUCUUUGCCAGAGGGAUUCCAUGGAAAAUCUAACUGUAGGAGACUUUGUGCCUCUUCCAGAAAAACUCUGCUUUCCAUUCUGUAUUUGCUGAAAUAAUGUAGCUUCUGAAGUGGCCUGAACUUACGUCUGUUAAAUUCUUGGACUCCGUGCAAAUGCACCUGAAGGGUGGCACCUGCUAAAUUAGCACAUAAAGGAAAACCAUGUCUUCUGCAGUUGCAGCGAAGGAUUGACUUCCUUAUAUUUUUGUAACAUAGCCUGCUGCUCACUUAGCUGUGGCAAUUGAAAAAACUAGACCAUGGGAAAUGGUACAAAACUGCCAGGGUGGUCUUCACUUCUUUACGUCUUGUGUUGUACACUUACCGCAGUGAGCAAGGAGGCAAGAAUCAUACAAUAAGUUCUUUAAUGUUACUGUGUGAAAAUUGCUGGAACAGAUAUAGUAAAUGGGCAAAUAGUUA